AUGCCUCCCAAGCCGGCCUCCCUCCGCACCCUCCUCGACCUCACCUCUACAACCCUUGCCCUCCUCACGCACUUCCAAUCCUCGCUCUCGCCCACCGCCACAGCUGACGCCUCUAUCCCGCCGCCACCAAACCCCCUCCAGGCCCUCAAGGCCUGCACCUCGCUUCUAAAAUCGCACACGACGACGCUCUCGCUGCUGCUCCUUACCCCCCCGCUCACACCCAGCGCGAUAAUCACAAAAAUCGGGGAUGUGAGCUCGGGCCCGCUCACGGGGCUGGUCGGCGCGGCGGUCGCGGAGGGUGAACUCGGCGACCUCAUGCAGGCCGAGGUCAAAGUCCAGGUGCGGAGGUUGCUGGGGGCGUGGGGCGAGGUCGUUGGGUGUGUAGUGAGACUUGCGGAGAGGAGGAAGAAGCUCGAAGACGAAGGCGGGGCGGCGCAGGCGAAGAAGGACGACGGGCCGACUGAGGGCGAGAGGCAGGCCGUGCUUGCCGCGACCGGGGUUGUCUGGGAGGCGUGCGAUGCGCUGGUCAAGCUCUGCGAUGGGGGGAUUGCGGGGCUGGUGGUGCGCAAAGCGGAGGAGUGGAGAAGCGUGCUGUUGGAUGCGGUGGAGGAGCUGAAGGAGUGGGGUGACGAUGUGGACGACGAUGACGCUGAGGAGGGCGGCAGUGAUGGAGAGUUUGGGGAUGAAGAUGAGAUGUUUGGCGCGGCUAACAAGCUCGGGAAGGAGGACAAAGAAUUGAAAGAGGUGUUGGACAAGAGCGUGAAGAAGCUAAAGAUGGUCGGCGUGCUGUACCAGGCGCUGAUCAAGAGGCGGCUGAAGACCUUCCCGAGCAUUUCGCCGGCGACGGCAGCGAGUGCUAAGGGACACAAGAAUCCUAUGACGACGCUGGAAGAGCUCAUGAAGUUGAUCAAGUCGAUGCCAGAGCAGGUGGACGAUCUCGCGAGCGCAUUCUACGAUCUAGACGCAGACGAAGCCAAGACGAUGCUAGACAAGUGUUGCGGAGAAGCCAAGAGUGCUGCUACUCUGGUCAAGCAGAACUGGUCGGGCAAUGACGACGAGUUCACGGCGUGGUCGACAAAGUGGGUGGAUGCUCUCAACGCACCUUGA